GUUUUUUAUUAAUAAAGUGAUUUAGGUUAUGAUACUUUGAGACAUUGUCAUUCUCAUCGUUGGCUUUAUCUUAUGUGGAAUGUAACAGCUGCAUAAGCAUGAAGAGGUGAUUCAAAUGUGUGAGCAAACACUUACUUCUGCUAAAAAGAAUUUUGUGACCAUUGAUGAUAUUGAUCACAUGCAAAAUGAGGAUCAAGUCCGACCAUUGAAGCUUUCGAGAUGGAGCUUGAUGGCUAGGUCCAACUUUCACAUGGCUAAGUUUGACUUGGCCCUUUCUAUCCUUGAGAAAUAUGAGCAACUGGCACCUUCUGAAACCAAAACUCAAGGCCCAUCUUGCCUUUCAUGUGCCACUAUCAGUGAACUUCUUCGGUGUAAGGAUGAAGGAAAUAAAGCUUUUAAAGGUGGGAAGUAUAGAGAAGCAGUGGAGCAUUACACUAAUACUUUAAUGCAAAGUAUUGAAUCAAAGUCUUUCACUGCUAUCUGUUUAUGCAAUCGCACUGCUGCCCGCCAAGCAUUGGGUGAAGUCAUUGAUGCCAUUGAGUUUUGAGGAGUUUAUGUCAAUUCUUUGUUUAUAAUUAAUUGCUAUAUUAGGGGGAGGGGUGGUUCACUAGUGAUAGUUUCUAUCACUCACACUGUCCAAUAAAAUCGUGCCAUGUCAUCAACCAAAUUUCUAUCACUAGUGAUUGAAAUGUAGGAGGGUGGUAUCACUAGUGAUGGAAUUCUACCACUCCCAAAUUUAAAAAUAUUUACUCUCAAAUCACAAACAACAAGUGUCCACGUGUCCAAAGCAUAUGCAGAUGCAGAUGCCUUCCUUUCUCUUUCAUGAAACACACGUGUCAUGCCCACAUGCAACAUGCAGAUGCCUUCCUUUCUCUUUCAACGCGUUAUACAAAUAACGCGUUAUAUUAAGUCCGGCGGCGGUGUUUCGUGAUGGUUCAACGCGUUAUGAUGGUCCAUAACGGACCACCUCGCCUCCCCUUAGUUGUGUUAACAAAUUGGUUUUAAAAAUAAACUAUGUGAACUCGUUGGGCAACGUGCGGCAAAAACUCAUAAAUACCCGCGGCAACGUGCGGGCCUUCCCACUAGUAUAAUAAAUGAAAAUAAUUUGGGACACAUGUGAUAUUGUAUCUUAGAUUGCAUUUGGCGGGAAAACUUUUGGGUAAAAGUUUUGUGUACAUGGGUUAGGCGCGCUCCAUACCCUGCUCUGAAUCCUGUUAUGAUCCAACUUUUGUACGCACUUUUCCAAA